GGACAUUUUCGGGGAUUCUUUCUUUUUUGUACUAAUUUAAUUUAUUUCAAACCAUUCCUGGAUCAUUUUUUUAAUUUGAAAUAUCCAAAACAUCGUCUACUGUAGGUUCUCUUAAUACAUCUUAUCUUGUUCUUUUUCCUACGUCUUGUUUUCACUGCUCCACAUCCUGGUCUUUCUCGCUUCCCCUUUUUUUUUUUUUCUCAAAUUUUGUCCUUCUUUCUCAUCUGUUUCGGUGUACAAUAGUUUGGAAAUUUUCAAUCUCAAAAAGUCGUUUUCGGUUUGUUGACGUUUCCACCUUGGUUGCCAAAUCUCCUUUCUUUCUCUUCGUAGUUACGCUCGAGGAAUUCCUUUCAUAAAAUGUUUACUAAUACGCCUGUUGGAGGAAAACGGGAGAGAUAUAAUGGCGCUCAUCCAGCAUGGUCCCGACUAGGUACAAACACAGAACAAAUCCAUCAAAAUACUACAGACAUGGCUGCUAAAAUGCAUAAACUUCGAUACACCCAACUUCGCUCUCCCCCUACCCGUGUGUCCGUUGAGACCAUGUCAUCAAACCAAACAGCUCCUGCUCCUGCAUUCGGUCUUGACGUCCCAUAUAAUCAAGAAUACAUCAACGAAGCUUCCGAAAAUGAAGAAUUUGAACGUGCUAUUAGAAGUGACCCAUCCACCGCGUCGAACGCCUCUUACUCUUCUGAAGAAAACGAAGAUGGUAUAGAGGAUACAAGUAUAGCAGACACUGAAGAUAAUGAAGAGGUUUCAGACUUGGAUGAAGACUCUUAUAAAGCUUAUUCAAAACGUCCUUCCGCUAAUCGUCGAAAAAAACAAAUCAAGCAUUUUUUCAACCAAAGUUCUUGGUUACCUUUUGAAUCCUACAAGCCAUUCGCCUGGUUUUUCCUUGCUUUAUUUCUCACCUUAAUCAUUAUAGGAAUCCUUCACAAGGCCCCAGGAAUUUCGUUUGGUAAAGACGAUUCCAUAUAUCCACCGAUCGUCCAACCUUCCCCUCCCAGCCCAACUGAUUUAGGCAAGCCAUUCGAAACUUUUGAACCAGCAAAAGAACCAGCAAAAGAAAAACCAAAAAAUGAAAAUGAACCAGAAUCUUCCACUCACUUCUUGACAAAGGAAGAAUUUCACAAUAUUAUUCACACUAAAAUAAAUGAAUUGAAGACUCAAUUAGAAAAGGAAAUACUAUCGUUUAAAUCUUCCGAGUUGGCAGCCAUUACACUUAACGAUGAGUGGAAACACUUCAUCCAAACGACUGUCGAAAAUUAUAUCGGCGACCCUGUCUCGCUUCCCAACUUUGCUCUUUUGUCAACAGGCGCAGAUGUAUUAUCAUUUCUAACAACCAAAAGUUAUGUUAAAAGACCUUCUUCUUUUCUUCCAAAGGCAGCCUCUUAUUUAUUCGACUCCUUAACAAUUCGUGGUCAUGAACCAAAUAUGGCAUUGCAAUCCACAAAUGGUGUCGCGAUGUGCUGGAGCUUCCAAGGAUCAGAGGGACAGUUGGGAAUCUCGCUUUCUCGCCCCGUGCACGUCACAAACGUUACUGUCGAACAUGUGAAUCAAAAGGUCGCGCACGAUCUUUCCAGUGCUCCUAAAGAAAUUGAGGUUUGGGGUCAAGAUAUCCGUCACAACGGAAAAAAAGGAUUCUCUUACUUGGGCAACUUGAUGUAUAACAUUGAAGAUGAGCCAAUUCAAACUUUCCCUAUUCAUGUUUCAUCAAAGUAUCCAACAAAAAGCGUCAUCUUCAAAAUAAAAAGCAAUUGGGGAAAUCCCGAAUAUACUUGCUUAUACCAAGUUCGUGUUCAUGGUACGGUUCCAAGACGAGAAACAAUGGCCAACUUACAGCAUGAUGAGAUCUCUCAUUCUGAAGAAGGCGUUUCGCACCAAGAAUCACUGUCAUAAGUCGAUUUUAAACAUUCUAAACAUAUUCAUCCCUUAAUCAACCAUAGGCUUAAAAUCGUAGAAUAAUGUUUCUCGUUUUCUAUUCUCUUCGUCAGCUUCCUCUAAAGUCAAGAUCUGUUCUAUAAUAUCGGGCGGAUCCAAUUCAAAUCGCUUAGCACGUCGCCAGCGUUCAAGCCGAGUCAUCCCCAAGUAAGGUCCAUAUUUGGCAGACAUGUCAAAAUGAUGCAGGACUAGUUGCACUUUACUCAUAUCUUCUUCAUGGACAGGUUUACUCAUACGUUCCGAUAAUAUGUCUUUAUAGGCCUUGUCAAGAGAUUUGGACAAUUCAGGAUCAUUCUCAAUUCGUUCUUCUAAGCUCAAUAUCUUUGCGCUUUCUUUCUUUGCUCCUUUUUCUGUAACAGUCGAUUUCGCAUUUUUUCCCGUCGCUGAGCUUUUCCCAGUUCCUCGUACGAUUUUGGGAAAUGCGUCUUGUACAGUUCUUUUCGAAGCCGAAUUUUUAGUCACUUUCGAACUCUUCUUCAUUGGUGAUGACAGGUUUUUUGAAACUAAGACUUACACUCGAUCAAACUCUCAGCUGUUUUAUUUAUUUUCUUUAAAUCUUUUCUUUUAGAGGUGUUUUUUUCUUUUAAGAUUUUUAUUAAUUGAAAACAGUGAAGAUAUGCUAAUAUUUUCUGUCUUUAAUACUUUCCUUUGUAUCUCUUAUGCAUAGAACACCAGGGUCUGAUGCGUCACGCUGACGAGAAUCCAAUUGCGGCUGCCAGCCAUUCUUUUGUUCAAAGCUUCAACAGUUUGAUAAAAUUGGAUCGCUAUAAUUCUAUUCUAUUUUAAAAGUAUAUUUAUUUUUCUUUCUUUUGGAUGGCAUAUUCUUUGUCUCAGAUAAUUUAUGUUCUUACAUCAUCAUCACUUUCUUAAUCAUAGUAAACUAACUAUAAAAGUAUUAAUUACAAGAUUAUAUAUACCCUGAAGGAUCAACAAAG